AUGGACGCAACACAGACUCAGCCUCUGGCCGACCGAUCGACCAACACCCACCUCAACAACGAGAAGCUCAACGACCUCAAGAAUGCCCCAGCCAACAUGAACUCGAUGGAAUACCAUCGCCAGGUCCUGCAGGGCAAGAUUGACAGCGGAGACAAAGCCCAAGCAUCUUAUGUUUCUCCUUCAGAUGAGCUGAUGAGCCCAUGCACGAAGAAAUUGAGUGACCUCAAGGGAAAGCGAUUCAAGAACGUCGGAAAGCCUCAGUCUCUGUUUGCAAAACUGGGCAAGAAGAACUUUGAAGCCUCGAGUGCGGAACAAGCCAACUCUCACGCAGAUGGACAAUAA